UCAAGACAUGUCGAAUUCAGACACAUUCUGGUUACUGUGCAUCGAAGAUGCUGCAAUUCUUUCUAUUGUAUGAUUAUAGCAUGCAGACUGCAAGUCCCAAGAACAUCCCACACGCCCUUUGAACUCUGACACAUCACUUCCGCCUUUCGCGUUUCAGCCGGGCGCUUUCCGCACAUGUGAGGCCUUGGCUGCAAAUUUAACGUGCUUUUUUUUGAGACGUAGUGUUUAAUACUAAUCUUAAGCCACCGGGGAGACAUCUGUUCACAUCUUAGGGCGAAAAUGAAACCAAUCCUCUUGCAGGGCCAUGAAAGGUCCAUAACACAGAUCAAGUACAACAGAGAAGGAGACCUGCUGUUCUCAGCUGCCAAGGACACGGUCGUGAACGUGUGGUACUCUGUCAACGGGGAGAGGCUGGGCACCUACAAUGGUCACACCGGGGCUGUCUGGUGUGUGGAUGUCGACUGGGACACCAAGAGUGUGCUGACUGGGUCUGCAGACAAUAGCUGCAGGUUGUGGGACUGUGAGACAGGCAAACAGCUGGCCCUGCUGAACACCAGCUCUGCGGUCAGGACCUGCGGCUUCGACUUCAGCGGGAACAUCAUCAUGUUCUCCACAGACAAGCAGAUGGGGUACCAGUGCUUCCUGAAUUACUUUGACCUUCGGGACCCUCAGCAGAUAGAAGACAACCAGCCUUACCUGUCCGUGCCGUGCAGCGAGUCCAAAAUCACCAGUGCGGUGUGGGGGCCUCUGGGGGAGUUCGUGAUUGCCGGGCUGGAGAACGGAGAGAUCAACCAAUUCAGCGCCAAGUCCGGGGAAGCGCUGCGGAAGGUGAAGGAGCACACCAAGCAGAUCAACGACAUCCAGACCUCUGUGGAUCUCACCACGGUCAUCACCGCCUCCAAAGACAACACAGCCAAGUUGUUUGACUCCACGUCACUCGAGCACAUCAAGUCCUUCAAGACGGAGAGGCCGGUCAACUCUGCCGCCAUCUCCCCUAUUAUGGACCAUGUGGUCAUGGGAGGUGGACAGGAAGCCAUGGAAGUCACAACCACUUCCACAAGGAUUGGCAAGUUUGAGGCUAGGUUUUUCCACGCUGCUUACGAGGAGGAGUUUGGGAGGGUGAAGGGUCACUUCGGCCCCAUCAACUGUGUAGCGUUCCAUCCUGAUGGAAAGAGUUACAGCAGCGGUGGAGAAGACGGCUACGUCAGGAUACAUUACUUUGAUCCCCAGUACUUUGACUUUGAGCUGGAAGCUUAAAUGGAGGAAGAAUGUCGACAACGGUCAGUUAAACACCACUUCAGAAACACCACAUGAGGGUCAGUGCUGUGGUAACAUUCCUCAUGAUUCUCUCAGCCUUGCUGGAUCUGUCUCCUACAUCAGAAGACACUUUUAUUACCCUCUGUAGAAGGAUUCCAACUGAAGCUAUAAUACUGGGGUUUGGUCCCCACUGACUUUGGCUCUGAAAAAGCUUCUGGUGCUGGGGAUGCAGGAAGAGGUCCUACAGCAUUUAAUUGUCUAACUUUGUCACUUUCUUACCUGAAAUGUUAAUAAAAUUGAUUGGUCCAAA